GCGACCCAAGGGCCAGCAUGUCGGACACGCGACCGGAAAAGUGGUGCCGCCGCCGUGACUGCCGUCCAGUGAAAUAAUCCACCCCCCGCAAUGAAGCAACCCACCCUCGCGCUGUUGCUGCUGCUGGCGGCCGCCGCCGCCGCCUCCAAACCGGCCUCCAAGCGCGACUGGCUCGCUGAUUUGCGGACCGACGAGGCGGCCGCCGCCGCGUGGCACAAGCGGAGCGACGAGCAGCAGCAGGCCGACCACCUGAUCGCCUCCCUGGGCACCGGAAAUUCCCAGUUCCUGCUGCGAUCGCCCCGGGGCAACCGCCAGUACGACGUGCCCCAAAUAGAGUGUCCGCCCGCCGAGGAUGGAAUGGAGCGCUUCGCAUGUCCCACGCCGGACAGGAUGGGGCGCUACCGCUGCAUCGAUGACCACGUGCUCUGCGAUGGUUUCAUUGACUGUCCCAACGGCGAAGACGAGGACCGUCAAGCCUGCAUGUUCUACAAGACUACGAAAGCGCACCUAGACGUGUUGGCAGACGCGCUGCUCCGCUGGGCGCGGGGCCGCUAGACGCGACGCCCGCUUUUGCAGUUCCCGAAUGAGCUUGGACUCAGCCCGCAACUCCUUGACCGGCGUGACCUGCCCGCACGCGCCCUAGUUCCGUGUCGCUCUUCCCUGUCUCUCUCUCUCUGUCGCAACCCGCCGCCGCCGCGGCCUGUGUGCGGCCGCUGCCUUGGCCGCCGCUCGAUGUUGGUCUGUAGGUGUUAGUCGUCGGUGUCUGUCUCUCGAUGUAGCGUGCGCCGGAACGCGCCGGACGCGCAAGGCUGGACCGCCCCGCCCGUCGCGGCCGACGGCCAGUGGCCAGCAAGACCGGUCGGGUGAUGAGCGCUCCCGACACCGCCGCGUCAUCCUCUGAGCCUCCGACCCGUGCUUGGCGCGUCACUGGUGGCCGUGCGGGUGCGCGGGUUGCGCGUCCGACGCUACGCAACAUGGCGCGCGCCCAACGUCAACGCUCUUUCUUUCUCGUGUGCGGGGCCGCCGUGUUACUUUCAAAAAUCUAUCGACGAACCACUGCGAGUGGAUCCCGAUAUCAGACAAACGAUUCUCGCAGCAGUCCACGCGCAUAGAUUCUCGCUCAAUGAUUCUGGCGAAACGAUUGUUGCUUCUCUAACGAUUCUUCAUAUUUCUUUAUGUAUUAUAAUUUUUAAUGAAAAAAAUUAUUUUCAAUUGAUCCACUCUAAUGUUUUUUUUCCAUAAGUGAAUAUUUUUGUUAAAAAAAACUCCAAGCAAUUCACAACUUAUUAUUUAUGGACUUAUGCAUGUAGAGCAUUGUUUAAUUUCUUAUUUUUAAAAGUUUUCACAUAAAAUAAUAAAAUAUUUAGGUGCUCUGCAGCUGGCUUUAUUUCAAAUGUAACUUGUAAGGAGCAAAUUCAAAGGUUCUUAAAUUUUAAAAUGAUAACAUUUUGUUUGGUUUUUGUUUUGAAAAAAAAAAACAUUUUAAAA